AUGGCUAUCAGGCAGCACUUUGAUACGGAAUUGCUAGAGAACACCCACUGGUGGAUUGGUGGUGCAUGCUUCCCCGCAACCGUGUCUUCCUCCUCUGACCCUCCCGCUGCAGGUACAGCUGCAGAACAUUUUGACAAAGUCAGCGCCUCAUACGAACGUGUCACUGGCGGUUGUACCCGCGAGGUUGCUCAAUUCCUGCUCACUCUCCAACCAACCGUGGACACCUCAUCGGUUGUGCUCGACAAUGCCUGCGGAACUGGGAUCAUCACUGAAGAGAUUCUUGAGCGCUUUCCCACAUCUUCCAAGCCAAAGGUCUAUGCCGCUGACUUCGCGCCUUCAAUGGUUUCGAGCCUGUCCACCAAUGCGGCGAGUAAAGGCUGGGUGAAUGGCGAAGACGGUCUCGUGGAAGCAUCAGUCAUGGAGGCGGAGGAACUGACCUUCCCCGACAACAUGUUCACCCACUCCUACACGAACUUGGGGAUUCUCUCUGAAAACCCGGAGAAGGGGGCUUCGCAUAUUUACCGCACUCUGCAGCCUGGCGGGACAGCGUUUGUAACGACAUGGUCGAAGUUGGGGUACUUGUCGCCUGUGCGCAUGGCGCAGAAAUCUGUGCGGCCCGACAGCACUCCUUUGGGAAUUACCGAUAAGCGAGGGAUGGUUUACUGAAGAGAAGCUCCGACAAGUUCUGGAAUCUGGGGGUUGUAGGGCUGCAAAGGUUCAAAUUCAGACCCGGACCAGUCGCAUAUCGAGGGAACGACCUGGAUGACUUGGUUGAUAUUAUGGAGGCUGCAUUCUCGUCAACGAUAACCGGAGGUUGGAGCAAAGCAGACCCAGCAAAGUUGCCUGCUGCGCUCCG